UCCCCCCGGCGGAAGUAAACAAAGAAUCCCAGCCGUGUCAGUGUGGCGCCGAUCUCAUGUCCGGCUGAUUAAACAUGUCCUCGGUUCUGUGUUUCAGAAAGUUUGUGAGUGAGCGACUGAUCGCAGCCGCUGAGGAAAUAUUAGGAGUCUUUGAACAAACAGUUCAGGUUUACGAGGAGGAGAUCGAGCGUCAGCGCAGACUGCUGGAGACUAAAGUCCCCGAGAAAGAUGUCUCACUGUCAUCUUCCUGUAAUGAGGAGGUUCUCCUGGGCCAUCAGAGGCUCUGUGACUGUAACCAGAAGAGGAACUCCACCCUGAGCCAAGGGGAGUCACAGUUUAGCGUGGAGGUGGAGGAGCUCUGCUCCGGUCGUGACAGAGAGCAGCUCAUACUGAAGCAGGAGACUGACUUGUUAAGACUUGCACAUGAGGGGAGUGAUUACAGUGAAGACCAGAUUCUGCUAAUGGACCCUAACCAAAUUCAGAAUGCAGCACAAAGACAGUUGCAGAGUAAAGUAAAAUCUGAAUCUUACACAGGGGGUUCAGAUAUAUCAGUUGUAAACAGUGACCAUCAGCUUUCUCACAACUCACAUGUAGCUACAGACAGAGACCUUGAAAAAGCAAACCAGGAGAAUGCGAGUACUCAUCAGACACCAGAGAACAAACAUUUCAAAUGCAUGAUUUGCUGUGAGGAGUUUAAUGAUUUCUUAAAGUUCAAAUUUCACUCAAGGACCCACACUGGUGAAAAACGUUUUAAAUGUGGCACCUGCGGGAAAGGGUUCAAAUGUCAAUCAAACCACAUCAGUCAUAUGAAAACUCACUCUGGCGAGAGGCCGCACACUUGCGUCACUUGCGGGAAAACUUUCACCCGUAGAGCCGACCUGAGGAGGCACAACCGAACUCACACAGGGGAGAAGCCAUACAGCUGCAUUUUCUGCGGGAAUAAGUUUUCUCACCACUCGUCUCUCACAAAUCACGUCCGGGUGCAUACAGGGGAAAAGCCUUAUAAAUGUAUUUGGUGUGGGAAGAGGUUUGCUAUCAACACAACAUUGAAAAUACACACCCGAGUCCAUACAGGGGAGAAGCCGUACACAUGCAACCUCUGUGGGAGGAAUUUCGCUCAUAACACGGGGCUGAGAUUACACAGGAGGACUCAUGCUGGGGAAAAACAACAGAGCUGAGAUACUUUGUGUGGAAUGGCUCAAAAAAGGUCAAACUUGAAAGUGGGAUUCAACUUGAACAGCUUAUUUAUGGCCUUUUGUAAUUUUACUUUUCUGCUGUUGCAUUACUUGCAGAUUAAUCAGUAAACUUGUGAGUAAUUUUGA